GUCCACCACAAACCGGGAGAAGUGAACGCUGCAUGUGAAUGAAUUCACAUCUCUAUUGAAAGAUCCCUAAUCGUGAAUAUAAACUGCACUUUUUUGGCUCGUAUUUUUUUUUAAAGUGGGAAUCAAGGCCUCCGACCUGAGUAGCCAUGGCUCCGAGGGAUUACGCGGAAGAGAAAGAAAAGUGCAAAAGGUUCCUGCAAGAGUUUUACACAGAGGAUGACAAUGGAAAGAAAGUGUUCAAAUAUGGAGUACAGCUUGUGGCGUUGGCCCACAGGGAGCAGGUCUCCUUCUUCGUUGAUCUGGACGAUCUGGCUGAAGAAGACCCCAAGCUGGUGGAGAGCGUCUGCGAGAACGCCAAACGCUACACGGGCCUUUUUGCUGACGCCGUCCACGAGCUGCUGCCAGAAUACAAAGAGAGAGAUGUUGUGGCCAAGGACUCUCUGGACGUUUACAUUGAGCACCGGCUGAUGAUGGAACAACGAGUCCGUGACCCGGCAGACACCAGAGACGCCCGUAACCAGUACCCGCCCGAACUCAUGAGGAGAUUUGAACUCUACUUUAAACCUCCCGGCACCUCCAAGCCCAAAGUGGUGCGAGACAUUCGGGCCGACAGCAUCGGCCACCUGGUCACGGCGCGAGGCAUCGUGACCCGAGCCACCGAAGUCAAGCCCAUGAUGGCCGUGGCCACGUACACGUGUGACCAGUGUGGUGCAGAGACCUACCAACCAAUCCAGUCUCCCUCCUUCAUGCCGCUCAUCAUGUGUCCCAGCCAAGAGUGCGUCACCAACAAGUCUGGAGGUCGACUCUACCUGCAGUCCAGAGGCUCCAAGUUUGUCAAGUUUCAAGAGCUGCGUAUUCAGGAACAAAGUGACCAGGUGCCGGUGGGCAACAUUCCCAGGAGCAUGACGGUGUACGCCCGCGGGGAAAACACGCGUCACGCUCAGCCAGGAGACCACGUCGCCAUCACCGGAGUCUUCCUCCCUCUGCUCCGCUCAGGCUACACUCAGGCCGUCCAGGGACUCCUGUCAGAAACGUACCUGGAGGCUCACGCCAUCACACUCAUGAACAAGACGGAAGACGACGAGCUGGGUAACGAGGAGCUGACGGACGAGGAGCUGCGCAGCAUCACAGAGGAAGGGUUUUAUGAGAAACUCGCCGGCUCAAUCGCACCGGAGAUCUACGGACACGAAGAUGUGAAGAAGGCUCUUCUCCUGCUGCUGGUUGGUGGAGUUCAACAAGCUCCCAAAGGCAUGAAAAUCAGAGGCAACAUAAAUAUCUGCUUGAUGGGAGACCCAGGAGUCGCCAAGUCCCAGCUGCUGUCCUACAUCGACCGUCUGGCUCCUCGAAGCCAGUACACGACGGGCCGGGGGUCGUCGGGCGUGGGUCUGACUGCAGCCGUGAUGCGGGACCCGCUGACGGGGGAGAUGACGCUGGAGGGCGGAGCGCUGGUGCUGGCGGACCAGGGCAUCUGCUGCAUCGACGAGUUUGAUAAGAUGGCCGACGCCGACCGAACAGCCAUCCAUGAGGUGAUGGAGCAGCAGACCAUCUCCAUCGCCAAGGCCGGCAUCAUGACCUCCCUCAACGCCCGCUGCUCCAUCCUGGCCGCGGCCAACCCCGCGUACGGCCGCUACAACCCCAAGAAGAGCAUCGAGCAGAACAUCCAGCUGCCGGCGGCGCUGCUCUCCCGGUUCGACCUGCUGUGGCUGAUCCAGGACAAGCCGGACGCCGACGCCGACCUGCGGCUGGCGCAGCACAUCACCUACGUGCACCAGCACCUGCGGCAGCCGCCCACCCACUUCACCCCCAUCGACAUGAAGCUGAUGAGGCGUUACAUCGCGUUCUGUAAGAAGAAGCAGCCCGUUGUGCCCGAGUCCCUGGCGGAUUACAUCACUGCUGCUUAUGUGGAAAUGAGAAAAGAGGCUCGAGUCAGCAAAGACACCACGUUUACGUCGGCGCGAACCCUCCUCUCCAUCCUCCGCCUCUCCACCGCUCUGGGCCGACUCCGCAUGAUGGACGCCGUGGAGAAGGAGGACGUCAACGAGGCCAUGAGGCUGAUGGAGAUGUCAAAGGAUUCGCUGCAGGCCGACAAGUCCAGCACCACGAGGACUCAGCGUCCGGCGGACGUCAUCUUCUCUCUGGUGCGAGAGCUGGCGUCGGGCGGCGGCACGGGCGGCGUGGUCCGCAUGGCCGAGGCCGAGCAGCGCUGCGUCUCCCGCGGCUUCACGCCCGCCCAGUUCGAGGAGGCGCUGGAGGAGUACGAGGAGCUGAACGUGUGGCAGAUCAACCAGGCGCGCAGCCGCAUCACCUUCGUCUGAGCAGCCGUGGACGCGUCUUCAGCCCCCGAGGGCUUUCUGUCAGACGAGGAAUGGGGCUCUUGUUUAUCUCCAUGCAGCAUUUUGUAAAACAAGUGUUUGUUGUCGCUAUGAUGCAAGAACCCAUCCUGUCAGCGACCCGUAGCCUUUUAAGUUCCCUGUUCACAAGGAAAUUGUAAAUAUGUAUUGCCAAAACUUGAUAUUAUGUUAUUAUCUACAGUUAAGUGCUUAAAGCCUCCAGUUGCUAUUCAGAAUCUCUGUAUAUUUUACACUUUAAUGCAAAUGAAAUAAAUGCUGGGCUUUGUAGUAGAACAGAGUUAUAAUAAAUGGUUGAAAA